CGCUCCACCAGCUGAUCGGCACACUGCUCCAUUUUCAGGCUCGGAAGUAACGCUAGACACUGACAGACUGACUGCAUGAACAGAUGUAGCUUAGCUGGUCAACAGCGUCAUUAAAGCAGAGACAGAAAACAGAAACUCGGAAGGAUGCUUUGGUUUGAGGGCUCAAUUCCUGAUGCCAUUAACUUGGCUAAACAGCGGAGUUUCGUCUUUGUCGUUGUCAUUACAGGAGAAGAUGAACAGUCAGCACAGCUAAUGUCCAGCUGGGAGGAGGACAACGUCUCAGAGGCAGCACAGAACUGUUGUGUGGCCAUCAGAGUCGAUGCCAAGAGUGAGACAUGUGUGCAGUUCUCCCAGAUCUAUCCAGUGGUGUGCGUACCCUCUAGCUUCUUUAUUGGAGAGAAUGGGAUUCCUCUGGAGGUUAUCGCUGGCAGUGUGUCUGCUGAAGAACUGAUGAAAAGAAUCAACAGAGUUAAGCAGAUGCAUUCUCAGCAGGUUGGAGGUGGGGCAGUGUUACCAGAGGCAAGUGCUGCUUUGGAGAGCAGCCUGUGUGACAGUACAGCUCCAGCCUCAGCUUCAGCACUGCCUAUUAAGUCAACAGCAGUGGCCACAGAGUCUGCAGUAGCACCAGGAACUGAGAAAGAUGAUGGAAGCCUUUCAACCACAGGGACUCCUGCAGAGAAUGCAUCUUCAGAUCAUGCUUCACAGUGUUCUCCGAGUGAAGAAAACCUGGAUACUAAGGUUGAAAGGUUAACCAAGAAACUGGAGGAGAGACGAGAGCAAAGGAAGAUGGGAGAAGAAGAGAAUGAGAUUAGAAAGGAAAUAGUGCGGCGAAAGGUGGGGAAGGACAUGCAGGACUUAAAGAAGAAACAGGAAGAGGAGAAGACCAAGCGACUCCUGGAGGAAAGGAACCGGGAGAAGGCAGAGGAGAAGGCUGCCAGGGAGCGGGUCAAACAGCAGAUCGCCUUGGACCGAGCUGACAGAGCAGCCCGCUAUGCCAAAACCCAGGAGGAGGAGAAAGCUGCUAAGCAAGCCCUGCUGCAGGCCAGGCAGGCUGAACAGGAGGCCAGUAAGGAGGCAUUAGUCAGGGAGAGGAGCACCAUAGCGAGGAUACAGUUCCGCCUCCCAGACGGCUCCUCCUUCACCAACCACUUCCCCUCCCAGAGCAGACUGCAGGAAGCUCGGCACUUUGCUCUUCAGGAAGUGGGAAACCGCUACGGUAACUUCUCCCUUGCAACCAUGUUCCCUCGGCGGGAGUUCACCAGUGAAGACCUGAACAAGACUCUUUUGGAGCUGGAACUGGCUCCUAGUGCUUCCAUCGUGCUUUUGCCGCAGUCAGGCAGGCCUGCUAACACGGUGGUCCAGUCCUCUGAGGGUGGGAUCUGGGCAGUUCUGGGAACACUCAUCUACCCCCUGCUGGCUGUAUGGAGAUUCCUCAGCACCUUCCUGUUUGCAACCCCGCCUCCUCCUGGUGCAUCCAGAGGCACCACCCACCAGUCCAACUCUCACACCAACUCAGCAUCAGCCUCCGACAAAGCAAAGAGAGAACCUCUCUCUAAGCACACUCGGGAGAAGCGACCUAAGGACUUCAAGAAAGAUGGUAAAAUCUGCAGACUCAGGACUCAGGAGGACAGCGAGGACGACAACAACACCUGGAACGGGAACUCCACCCAGCAGAUGUAGUGCACUUCUGGUGUGAUUAUUUCAGUCUGACGAGUUCAAGAAUGCUGCAUAUAGGGCUGAUCCUUUUGUUCUCUGUUUCUCUUACUGUGUUCCGGGCCUACGCCCAUGCCCGCCUGCAUGGGUAGAUUAAUAAUAAUCAACGGACUGUCCUUUAGGCUUAAAAUGAAAUUAUGUUUUUGUGUUGAUUAUGACAUGGUCUCCUUACUCGAGCUCAGAUUACUGACCGACUAUGAAAGGCUGCACCAGUAUCCUCUCUUGUGUCUUUAUCUCAUAGCUGAUUAUCCUCAAAUCCAUCUGACAGGUUUAAAAUGCACCGGGUGACCCUGAGUGUGUCUGACACCAAAUUCUGACCUGACCUGAGGAUGUAAUCUGAGCCCAGCUUUAUGUUAUGUUGGAUGAGUCACUGCGUUUUGGAAAAAUGUAACUUUUGGAAAGUGAUUGGGUGAGUGCCAUUAUUACCUAACAAGGGACUGAAGAUGUUUUUGUUUUAGAUGUAUAAGAUAUUUUAUCAAACAGCUUGCAGCCGCUGGCAGAGGACUAUACAUCUGUAACUGUUGGAGUUCUAUCAAGGUCGUGACACACACACCUUGGCAGUAUGCGUUUCUACUAGUUGCACAUGGGUGACUAAUGUAGUUAUCCUCAUAUAACAAUGAAAAUUAAAGCAACCUGUUUUUCCAAAAAAAAAAAAAAAUUU